UCCACCCGGGAGUGAAUUUUCACGAGCUGGAAACGUGUACUGAAGACUGUAGGGUUAUUAACUGAUGUAAGAAAAAUAUAUUUAAAAAAAAAAGAAAUGAUUUAUUUUUAACUUGAGAAAACGGUCGCGCUUUCGUAUGCAUAAUGGAGGGUGCGGAGGGGUCGCCCCUUCGGAUCAGCUGCACGGUCCGAGCUCUGAGCUCCGCGCUGCGGGGCGACCUGGAGGCUGACGCCGGCUCGCAGCGCUCCCCGCUCGGCCGGAGCAGCUCGGCCGGCCCGGGGGGGCUCUGGUUCAAGGAGAGCAGCGCGAAAAACCUCCGCAGCAGAGAUUUCUUAGCGCCGGCCGCCGUGCUGAAAAAACUGUACCCCGACGGGCAGGGUCCCCGGGCCCGCGACUGGACCGGACUGGACCCGCUCGCUGCACCGCGGCGUGAAGCCGACAGCGCCGAGCUCCGUGCUGCUGGGAGCGGAGGGGUGGUAGUGGAAGAAUAUACAGAUGGAGGGGUAGAGGAGUUCAGUGUCUCCCUGUGCCCGGUCCUAGAGGAAGGAAGUGACAUCAUCUCAUUUCUCCGACUGCUGGGAGUUGAUUGGCCCACGGUGUCCACGGGGUGGACCAAUCGGGAGACAGAGCAAGCGCUGUGGGAGGCUCUGCUGAAGUCCCCCUACGCUGAGGAGGCAGGAGCUGGUGACCUUGAGGCGGCAGGGGGUGCCAGCAGUGAGAAAGUGGGGAGACGCAUACGUGUGGACAUCAGGAGGGUGAUCCAGGAGCAGAGGCUGCAGGGAUACGAUCCCAGUCUGACCACCUGCCUGGUGCUGCAGGACAGUGUUGCGCACCUGGCCCAGCUGGAGGGGGCGCUGUCCCGCUGUCAGGCGGCGGCCUGCACAGUGCUCCACAUCGCUGGGAGUCCGGGGGAGUUCCGACAGCAGCAGCUGGCCGUGCUGUGGCAGGCACUGGGCCUGCGGGCUCCGGGGGGGCCAGGUGUCCGGCAGAGACUCCUGCUCUGCGGCCCAGUACAGACCAGCGGUUCAGACUCUGAGCUCAGCGCCUGCCAGUAUCUCCAAGUGUCUGACUGUGAGCCCCGACUCUACCCACAGAUGCCUGAAGCCUCACAGCUGGACUUCACCUGCCUUAAAGAAGAGGGGGAGUGGCUUCUGCUGUUCAAUUACAUCAUCCCCUUCCUGGAGCUGCUGGAGCAGUCAGGACAGGCGCUGGGAGAGCUCGGGAGAGAGGCGGGGCCGCGGAUCAGCCUGGGGACCGAGGCGGUGUGUAAGUUCCUGGUGUCUCUCAGCAUGGACUUCAGCUCCUACUACAACAGAGUCCACAUCCUUGGGGUAAGUGAGGCUGGACAGCGUCUCCCACUCUGCUGCGAUCUUGCUCAGCCCCUGGUCCGGCUCCUGGCUCUGCUCUGUGUGCCUUCCCCUGUCUCCGUUCGUCCAUCACGGCCUUCCUUGAGCCCUCUCACUGUCCCCGUCCCCCCUGCACAUCUUCAGGCAGUGUCCCACGCUGAUGGGCCCGAGGAGAGAGGAUAGACGUCUUGACAAUCCGAUCAGGCCCUGACGAUGUCAACCGAGUGUAGUUUUUCAGAAUGAUCCCAAAUCAGAGAC